GGUAUAUUACUUUGUACUACAUUCUUUCUUUGCAUUUUUACAGGCUUAAAACCAACAUAAACGCAGUUCAUAACAGCGUCUUAGCAAGAGGAGAAAAAGUUCGAGACGAAGAGAUUCAGCGCAAACGCGUCCUUCUUCAUCGAGUAGAGAAAAGACUAAGAGAAGUCUUGAAUACUAUUAACGAAUACACAGGAACACUUCCAGUUGUCCUCAAAAUAACGUCUCCAUGUUUCGACGACUUCUCUGAGCCUGUUGGGUACCGAGUAUUUGUCAAUGACGAAAUAUAUGUAGAACAUUUACCAUUGGAUACAAAGAAAUUCUGUAUGCAGCUCGGAGUGGACCAACCAUACUACAAUAUAUCUGUAGUCACAUUAUCCAGCCACGCUGUUGGUCAUAGUUUACCAUCACAAACACUUCAACUGUCUGCCAUGGAGUUUCGACCAGUAAGAUUCUUUUGCUACUUUAGCAGUCAUGAUAAACAUGCAAGUUGGCCUGAUAAAGGUGGAUGUUGUUUAGAAGAUACACUAGAAUAUGAACGUCAGUACACUGAUAAACCCUACCCACAGCGUUCGUUUAUCAAUGAGCGUAUUCACGCUCAAUCAUUUCAUGUCAUGGGAGUGUUCGAUGGUGUUUGGGGGCCACUUGGAAAACAUUAUGGAGACAAUAAACCUACUGCAUUGUUAUUUUGGACGAAAUGGUGUGCUUCGUCAAAAAGAGUAAUGGAAUAUUACAACUCAUUCGCGAAAGAGCAGGCAGAUAAGUAUCAACUGCUGAGUUGUUGUGUAUUCAGCCAGGAGCCAAUCACAAACCAUCAAACUAAAGUAAUGGAAGUAAUGACUGAUCAUAACUGGACCAAUAACGAGGGAGUUAAGCAUUUCUGCGCAUGUCAUCCAGGACCUAACUCAAAACUACGUAAACGUGACGUAGAGAACUCGUCAUUUGCUAAAUCAUAUCGAUUGCUUGGUGUACCAACGUUAGUUCUUAUUGACAACGACGGUUACAUUGCUUGGCAAGGGAGAGUAUUUGCUGAUAACGCAGAAACGUUUUCCGAAUAUCUUCAACAUACUUUCUCCGUGAUCACGAAAGAAGACUGUCCCAUAAAGCAUUGCGAUCACUGUGAUAGCGAAGUGUACGGAAUGUUAUACAGCGAGAAAAAGAAAGACGUUUUUACCUCAAAAGAUUUGACUAAAGAACACUUUAACACCAUGAUGGCGAAACAGAAAGUGGAUGAAAGUAAAGAUGAGUCGUACAGGAAACGUUCUGGAAGGACUGGAGACUACAGCGGUGGUGACCCUGAAUACUACACUGACACAACUCGUUCAAUUGGAUCCUCCAAAAGUUUCUCGGUACGAUUUUCUGAAGACUGUUCCAUAGCUUCGCCUGACAUGUCGACAACAGCCAGUCGUUCUGGCACGUCUCUUGAAAGUUUCGUGAAUGAAAGCCCGCAAAUACCAAAAACUGGGUUAAUGGCAUCAAACAUGAGCAGAUCAAGUCAGGCAAACAGCUCAUACAGCAACACAACUGCUUCAGGCAUAAGCAGUAGGCAACAAAACUCUGUGAUGUCUAAAAGAAGUAAUACAACCUUUGUGUCAGCUUCACGAAACAGCAGCGAGGGUGGAAGAAUCACACGAUCGAAGAGCGUAGGGUUUGAUAGUAAAUCAAGUCAGUCCACUCUUACAUCAGAUAACUCUCAGAAAAGAAGAACUCCAGAAAGAAGAGCUGCAUCUGCUUUACCAAAUAUCGGUCGACAGAGGGAGAGAGUAAACUUACCACAACGACCUAAGACUUCUUCUUCAAUGUACAGGUCUAAGGCUUAUGACUGGGUUCAAAGUCGUUAUUCGCGGGAUAAUUACGUCCCUUAUAAUCCAUACAAAGGAAAAAGUUACGCCAAAAACGGCGCCGUGAUGACGUAUUACAGCAAGAGCGGAUAUAUACCAGUCAAGCCGUUCCCAAAAGACACGAGCAAAAACAAAGUUUCCUGGAAAUCAGGCAAGGAAAUACCAAAACAGAAAGUUCCCUCGCAUCGUGAAAUCAAGUACAUGAGAAGUGGUGAUAAGCAUUAAGAAAUCAAUGAUGCUAAUAAUAUAUACACUGUGCAAUUAAAACUAAAAAUUCACGUCAAGAAGUUUUGAAUUAUAAUACAUUAUAAUAAAUUUAUCUAAAGUUUAUUCACAUAUAUAGUUUCCUAAAAGCAUAAAAAUUGUCAGACAACACAAUGCUGUGUU